AUGUUCGCCAGCAUGAUCGCUCUCAUGGUCGGCGCGGUUGCUGCGUCAAGCCAGAGAUCAUCUCUACCCGCAACAUAUGGCGACUUUACGAUCGACCGGCUUCCGACGGUACGAUCGACAGGCGGCAGACUGGUAGAGAGACCACGCGAGCAAAAGGUUACGAGCAAUGUGUUGAGCUUGAGACAAGCGAAAUCGGCUUCCUUGAGUUCGAGCUACAUCCAGGCAAUGAGACAAGAAGGGAUGAACGCAGCCUCGAGGGCUGCGCGAGCUGAGGGUGGCAAUGCGGCCUUGCUGGCUGUUGAAGGAGGCAACGUCUUCCUCGCUCAGGCCCAAUUCGGUGGGGAGGACUUCUUCGUGGUGGUCGAUACCGGUAGUAGCGAUCCAUGGCUGGCCACGAGCGGAUUCCAAUGUUACGACGUGUACGAUGGUUCCGAGCAGGAGGAAGCCUAUUGCGAGUUUGGGCCGGUCUAUGAUCCUGCCCUAUCGACCACAUACUCCCCAUUAGCUGAUCAGAACUUCAACAUCAGCUACGCUGACGGAGAGUAUCUGACGGGUUCUCUGGGUUUUGAGACGGUGACUAUGGCCGGCAUCACAGUGGCAAACCAGCAAUUCGCUACCGUCAAUCGAGCUGCCUGGUUCGGCGACGGCUUUUCAUCUGGGCUUGUGGGAUUGGCUUAUCGAACACUCACGUCAGCCUACGCUGGUACCACUGGCAAAGGACGGAGGAUCUUGUAUGAUCCGCUCUUCGUCAACAUGUACACGAACGCCGGCAUUCCUUCCGUCUUCAGCUUCGCCCUGGACCGCAACAAUGACAUUGGCGGUGUUCUUGCGCUGGGCGGAAUACCCGACGUCAAGCGAUCUCCGUACUUUGCCAGCACUCCAAUCCUGCCCGUGGGUGUCAACUCCACGGAUGGGGCCCUGGUAUACCAGUACUACACCAUCGAUAUUGACGGAUAUGCUUUCAGCAGCGACGCGAGCACACAGUUCAACCCGAUCAACACCAACAACCCGCGUAAGAAGCCUCUUGUGGGCAACGGCACGGAUGUGAUCGUCGACUCGGGCACUACACUUUGCUAUGUUUCAAGCGCCGUCGCUGAAGCAGUCGCCGCGGCCUUCAACCCACCCGCGCAGUAUGAUGAGUCGACCUCGGUGUACUUUGUGGACUGCACUGCUAAAGCGCCAAUCUUUGGCGUGAGCAUUUCAAAGAAGAUCUUCUGGGUCAAUUCGUUGGAUCUCAUAAUCAAUCUUGGUGGAGAGACAUGUGUCAUGGGCAUCCAGCCCAAUCUCGGUGGCCUCAGUAUCCUGGGUGAUGUCUUUAUGAAAAACGUGGUUUCCGUGUUUGACAUUGGAGCAGAGGAGAUGCGGUUUUCGGCGCGGCAAUUUACUUCAAUCUUUUGA